GUUGUUGUUGUAGUUGUUGUUGCUGCUGCUGCAGAGUUCAAUUCGCCUGCCUCGGGUUCAGUGCGAAUUGAGCUGUCGAAGCGCGCGGCGGUCGACGUCUGGAGAGUGCGAAACACGUAAACAAUAUAAAAUACAAAACAAACAUGAGCGAAGCACCGAGCAUAUCAACCGGCAAGCGAGCUGCCUUCCAGGUGAUGGCUGGCGGCUCUGCCGGAUUCCUUGAGGUGUGCCUCAUGCAACCUCUGGAUGUGGUCAAGACACGCAUGCAACUCCAGUGCACACCAUCAGCUGCCGCACUGUCCAGCGAGGCAACCUACAAUGGCGUUAUCGACUGUUUCGUCAAGAUGCAUCGCCAGGAAGGAGUUUUAUCCUUUUGGAAGGGUCUUUUGCCGCCCAUUCUGGCCGAGACGCCAAAGAGAGCCAUAAAAUUUCUGGUCUUCGAGCAGACAAAACCAUUAUUCCAGUUCGGCUCACCAACACCAACACCGCUAACAUUUUCGCUGGCCGGUUUGACAGCUGGCACCCUGGAAGCCAUUGCCGUGAAUCCUUUUGAGGUGGUCAAGGUGGCUCAGCAGGCGGAUCGUCAGAAGAAGACGGCAUCCUCGUUCAGUGUGGCACGCGAUAUAAUCAAUCGCGAUGGUUUCGGCAGGCGGGGACUGCUGAAAGGCGUGACUGCGACAAUUGGUCGCAACGGCACCUUCAACAUGGUCUACUUUGGUUUCUAUCACUCGGUCAAGAACAUUGUGCCGCAGUACAAAGAUGAGACUCUAGAGUUCCUGCGUAAGGUCAUCAUUGGUUUCACAUCGGGCACAUUGGCCUGCUUCAUCAAUAUACCGUUCGAUGUGGCCAAGUCGCGUAUUCAGGGACCACAGCCGGUGGCCAAUCAGAUCAAAUAUCACGGCACUUUCCGCUCCAUUGGCAUUGUGUAUCGCGAGGAAGGAUUCCGUGCUCUCUACAAGGGUCUGGUGCCGAAGAUUAUGCGCCUGGGACCCGGAGGUGCUAUCAUGCUGCUCGCCUUCGACUAUGUCUACGAAUAUCUGUUGGCGAACCACUCAUAGUCCAAUCGUUUGGCCCUUCACAGUCUUUACUAACGCUAAGAAAUCAUCAGUCUAUUACAUUGCCGUUGUCACAUACAAAUUUCUAUUGUAACUAUUAUUAUAUCGUAUUUUUUUUAUUUUUUUUUUUUCUAUUGGAAUGCAAAUUCAAAUUGCAUGUUUAUAAAAGUAUUGACAACAAAUGUUUGUAAA